AUGUCGUCCAAGAGGAAGAAAAACGAUAGUUCGGACGAAGAAAGUGAUGAAGUCGAUUGGCAGAGGAAAUAUCGAAAGAUGAGUAAGGAGUUUGGCAAGAAAAUGAUGCGGCUGACAGAAUCGCGGGAAGAGUGUAAUAUGAAGCGCGGGGAGCUGCAUGAAAUGUCUUCGAAGAAUCGUGAGCUGGAACGCCGAUUGAAAUGGGCUAACGAAACACUCCUUCGAUCCCAGUCAAUGCUGAAUGUGAGAGGUGUUAUCGAGUUUCUCGAGGGGAAACAGGAAAUGCCGGAUUCCGUCAGACAGAGUGAUCGACACGACCGAUGGGAAUGGAUCUUCGAUAAUGAUAGCAAUACACAAUUUGUCUUUGGGAAGCUGGUCACUGGAAACGGGUAUUUGUUGAAAGCAAAGGCGAUCUCCUCAUUGUCAGAGGCCUCGAUAUCGAUUAAAUUCGUUCUUUUGAUGCUUUCACGACAAGAGGAUAAAGGAAAUGCGGAGAAACGCUCAAAGUUGACCACCAAAAUCCAGAAGAACGUGUUUCAAGAAGAAGCGUACAUUGCCAAGGAUCCGGCAUUAUCGAACGCUCAACGUGAUUCGGAAGCCGUUUCGGCACAACGCUACUGGAUUGCCAUGGGAACUAGGACCGAUAUUGUUUCUGAUAAGGUAAAUUUUAUUUGCAAUACAAAUUCAAUCCAUUUAUUCCUGGCUCGUCUCAUCUCAGAAACGCUGAACGAUAGGAAAUCGACAUUCUCGAUGAAAGAAAAGACGCUCCCCCUGUGCAAUGCCAAAUUGAAACAUGACGAGAACGGAAUCGACGAGAAGCAGCUGGAUUCAUUGAUCGAGAUUCUCAACGGUUGGACUGGACCAAAGAAAGUCAAUAAGGCGGCAGGAUUUGCCAUUUUACUUAAAAACAACAGCACGACGGCCUCGCGUUCGACCGAUGUCGUUGAGUGGACGACCGAAAGGAAACGAUGCUUUAUUGGUCUGUACUCUCAUUUCGGUGCAACGGAUUGUCGACAAAUUUGCAUCUUUUUUGCGCCACACUUCACGGCGAUUCUCCUGCAUUUCUCGCGGCUUUCAGCUCGCUUUGUGGAUCAAAUAACGGAGAAGGACGCAAACGCUUCUCUACUUGCCGCAGCCCAAGCUUUACCAUCACACCAAUCGAUCGCUUUAAAGAAUACUGUCCAA